AUGUUCCUUUUUUUUGAGCAUUCAACUGCUAUCGUACUCCGACAAUUCAUCGAGUUCCAGAAAAUGCAGGAGGAUGUGUUCAUCUUCAUACUACUGCCUCUAAUUUCUGUUCAAGGCCUUCCUUUUCGGAUCGACAAUGUACGAUUUUCAACAGAUGAAACGUCUCGACCAGAAGAGCACCGACGCGAAAGAGUGACCAGCAAUGUGACCACGACGCUCAAUAAAAUCCUAGAAGGAUACGAUCGUCAUCUCAGACCAGGAUUCAAUGUAAGAAGAACUACGGUAUACAUCGAUAUUGCCGUUCGCACGAUGGGGCCUAUUGCCGAUCUUACCAAUACAUACUCAUUUAAUUGCUACUUCCGACAAACUUGGACCGACUCAAGGCUGAAAUUCAACGGGACAGCUAGCCAGCAGCUCUCACUUAGCAUGGCGAUGUUGGACAAAAUAUGGAAACCUGACACAUACUUCUGGAAUGGCGCCCGCUCCUACACACACAGCAUAACGACCAGCAAUCGUCUUGUCAGGCUUCACCCUGAUGGCACCGUCCUGUACAGCAGUAGGCUCACUAUCAAAGUAUUUCUCUCGAAUUACCAAUAUCCACAAUUUCAAUAUGUUCAGGCUUGUCGAUUAGUAAUUGGUUCGUAUGCAUUUGGUGCUGAUGAGCUAUUGUACGACUGGAAAGUGAUGGGUACGGACAGAGGGGUACAGGUACGCUCUCCUUAUUUACAUAGAAUUGCCGAUUUGGCACAAUACUCUAUGACAGGAUUUAAGGUGUUCAAUGCAACAAAUAUGACGAGGGAUCGUAACUAUUCUGCCCUCGAGGUCCGAUUCUAUUUCGAACGACAUUUUGGCUACUUUCUGAUGAACUUCUACGUACCUUGUACGCUGAUUGUUCUACUCUGUUGGGUAGCGUUUUGGACAAAUCGCGAAGCCACUGGAGAUCGAAUAGGCAUGGGGAUAACAUCUGUUCUAACAAUGGUUCUCAUUGCUAAUGACAGCAAGUCUGACGCUCCAAAGGUUAAUUUUCCGACAGCGUUGGACAUAUACAUAUGGAUCUGUUACACGACUCUACUUAUUUGUAUGGUGGAAUUUACUGUGGUGCACUACUUCACCAAAUUCAACACUGGAGAUCCUGAAAUUCAAGCUCUAGAAAGGGAAAAGAUGAGACGAAUUAUUCGAAGGAUACCCAAAACGGCAGUUUUAAGCAGACGAACAAACAAUGGAGCAAUUUCAUCAGUCAGUCGUUUUCAUGGCCGAACUAGUCCUUUUUGGCAUUACAUUUAUUUUUACGUUUUUCUCAGUGCUCGGAAAAAUGUCUAUUAUUCCAGGGACAAUGUUGGCUGGCGUCUUUACUACUGGAUGAUAAACAAUGCACCUAAAACUGAUCCGUUUGGUCUGGCCCAGAAUUCGAUCAGUGCUGUCGACCGCUUCGCACGAAUUGCACUACCUAUCUAUUUCGUGGCUGUUGUGACCCUUUACUACAAUUUCUACAUCAAUACUCCUUAUCAUUUUACAUUUGAAGAUGAAACCGAUGUAAGAAGCCCUAGAUCAGCAAGUUCGAGUACGAACAACUGA